UCAAAGAGGGCCAAGAGGCCGCACCAGAACCACAAAACUGCGCGCCUCUCUGCCUUUCUACUUUCUAGUCGUUUAGUUUAACCUGAAUCGGAGCGGUUCUUGUGGUUGCAGUUCAUAAUCGGAGCCGUCGAUGGCGUUUUCCCCUCUUCCCCCGGCAGCCAUCGAACCCGCCGCAUUUCCUUCAUCUUUCACCCACCCUUUUCCUCUCCGGGAAAACGGGUUCAAGCCGCCGGCAAGCAAUCGCUGGGCACAAGGAGGAAGAAGGAGACGAGCUCCAAGGAUUGCGGCGGUGGUCGGAGGAGGAGGAGAUGAACUAUCAUCCGCCGCCGCGACCAUGCUGUCGGGUCAGCAAGGCCAAGCCUCCACCGUCACCUGGGAGAUUGUCGUCGGAGCUACAGCCGGAGUGUUGCCGUUCGUGGUGGCCGGGAUUGAGUUCAGCAAGAGAAUAGUUGGGUAGCUCUGCCUCUUGUUUGCACGGAUUUGGGAAUUGAUUGAAUUCCGAGGUUCAAUUAACUGCAAUCUACAGUCGCUACUACUGACAAAUGCGCGUCUCUGUUUUUCUGCGUUUGAAGAUAGAACAGAGGAGGUGUGAAGUGUGCGGAGGGUCUGGGCUGGUUCUAAUGGAGGACAAGGACAACCGGGAGGAGUACUGUCGCUGCCCUGGAUGCGGUGGGUUUCUGCCAUGGCAGUCUUGGAAGAGAUUCUUCACCGGCUAAUUGGCAAUUACCCUUGUUAAGUGGACUUUGUGCUUAUGGUCUUCUGUGGACAAUUAGUGUGCUGUAUGAUUAGGAUUAGCACUUGUAAUUACUAAAAUCGUUUGACGCUGUGUGGCAGCUAAACAAACAAGAAAUAGAGUUGAACUUGGAAGGAGGAAGUAAUAUUAAAUUGCUUGCAUCUUGGAUUUGGAUGGUAUGAAAUCUACAUGUCAGCCAUAGCCUUUGCGAGAGAUGACUUCUGUUUGCGGCAGGAAAGUUUUCAAGGAUAACAUAGUAAUUAUGGGACUCCGAUCUGGAUUUCCUUGUCCGACCUUCUCGAGAGUGGAAGAACUUGUGAGGCAGAGGCGGCUCCCAGGAUCUACGCUUCGACGUCCAAGUUAGUACGAUAUAGGAGGGGGUGUAUGGUAUGUAGAGAGAUAAAGCAGAGAGAGACCUUAGGGGAAGUGAGGAAGGGAAGGAGAGAUCCCUAGUUUGGAGGGUUAGGCCUCCUUAUACAGGGUUUGAGCUUCCUUGAGUGGGCUUGAGCCCAAGAUAUCUUGCGGUGGGCUUGGGCCAGUUUAUAGUCGCGUUAGGCUUAUUAAUCCUUAUCCCAACAACUUCCAUGGUGAUCAUCAAAGCGGAUGCCAUGAAGUUGUUAUCACUUGUCAACUUUCAUCUCAUAAAUGCAAAUCGAGACAUCCGGUUGUAAUUCAAGUUAUAUGAUAAUCCUUUAUCGUGGGACCGAGAUUGGAACCGGAGAGAAUCGAGACUAAAAC